UCGCGAAACUCCACGGUGGCGAAGAUGUUCGGGAUCUGCAGGAAGUUCUGCAACACCUGAGGAAAUGAGGCGUCAGAAUGAAUAUGCUGACUGCUCUAAACAUCGGACGCUUUGCACUUGCCUGUCGGAGUUAUGGAAGGAUGCCCGGACAUAAUUUGUUAUUGUUGUACGUGCUGCUGGUCGCACCGAUUUCUAUCGCUUUGUUUCUAUACGGUUUCUUCCCCGUCGCUCAUCAUGCCGACACGAAUGACACGAUCGCCUCGGAAUCGGAUAUCCCGGAUUACGUCGGUGACGUGAGAGUAGACAAACGUGAGUUAUACGAACGAAAAGCAUUUAGAUUGAUAAUCAUGGUGAUCGACGGACUGAGGUGGGAUUUCGUCGCGGGUCCAAUGGGAAAAGUCGCCAUGCCGUUGUCUAGUAGUCUACUAGCAGAGCACUCCUCGGGAUGUCUGCUGCGGGCUAAAUUGCAGUCGCCGACGGUGACGAUGCCCAGGAUAAAAGCGAUGAUGACUGGUACAGUGCCGAACUUUGUAGAUGUAGUACUGAACUUUGGGAGUAAGCCUCUGCAGAGCGACAAUCUGUUGCUUCAAGCGAAGGAGCACGGGCACAGAUUAAUAUUUUACGGGGAUGACACUUGGCUCUCUCUGUUUCCCCGUACAUUUGAUCGUCACGAUGGCACCACUUCGUUUUUCGUUACAGACUUCACGGAGGUAGAUAAUAAUGUAACUCGACACCUACAAGACGAGUUGAAUUCCUACGAUUGGUCUGUGAUGAUUCUUCAUUAUCUCGGACUAGAUCACAUUGGCCACGUCGAAGGUCCGUUUGGCCCUUCGAUUAAGCCUAAAUUACGGGAAAUGGAUGGGAUUGUCGCUCAAAUAGCCCAAAAAGUGAAAGAUUGGUAUAGGAGAAAAAUAUUUACACUCUUCGUCGUCUGUGGUGAUCAUGGGAUGAAGGACUCGGGCGGUCACGGCGGCUCGACGCCGGAAGAGACAACGGUGCCGUUUAUUAUGACAGGGCUGCCUUUUGAGCCGUCUUGUCGUCAGGCGGACGGUGAGCCGAUUGAGAUCGAGCAACUCGAUAUUGCGGCGACAUUGUCGGCCGUCCUCGGACUACCUAUUCCUUCUACAAAUCUCGGCUCCGUGUUCCUGGACAGCGUCCACGAUAUCCCCGACGACAGGCGACUCUUCCUCCUCCAUUACAAUUCGAGGCAGGUGCUCGACCGUUUCCGGAAGCUCGUGCACGACGAGUCGCAAAUUGAGUACAUGAACGGAAAGUAUUUAGAUGCCGAGAAACUGCACGUCGCUUGGUUGAAAGGGAACAGGAAUCCUGAGAUGGUCGAGAAUAUCGCCUCGUCUUAUAAGGCGAUCCUUAAGGAGAUGAGAGAUGCUCUAAUUAGUAGCACAAUCGAAUACGACUUUCGCUCGAUGGCCGCUGCCAUGAUCUUCCUGUGUCAAAUACUUGUCAUUUUGUUUUUUGUGCAAACCGCCGCUUGGACUACGCCUAAAAAGACCGCAUCGUUCUUGACGCGAGGAAUUAAUUAUCCUGACAGUUUCGGAAGCGCAACUUCUUUCUAUCCGACGAAUGUAUUUAAAGCUAUUCUCGCUUUGCUAUUCUUACUAAUCAAAGGCAUUAUUUAUAUCAAUAUUAAUCUUUGCACGGGAAGCAAAUUAUCUCUAACGGAGAUCACGAAGGGAUCGAAGAUACGCGUAGUGUUACAGAUCGGCGCGUUGUUGCACAUAGCGAGCCUCGCCGGCAGCAGUUUCGUUGAGGAGGAGCAUCAGACAUGGUACUUCUUCUGGUCUAGUACGAUUGCAUACUUCCUCUAUCGUUAUUCCACAAGAUUACUCGCACACUAUCGACACGAUCUUACGAGCGCUGAGGUGCUAACAGAGGCAUGUCCAAGUUGCGGCAUCACCAGGCGUCACGUAGAACUUUCCGUUAAGCUGCUGUUGCUGCUGAUCGGACACAGAGUUCUGCGAAGGCUGAACAGCACCGGCGACAAGUGGGCGCAUCUGGCCGACAUAGCCCGCUGGUUGAAGGCGGACGACAGCAAAGUCGGGAUGACGCUUCUGCUUCUAGCUGCGCUCGUUCUUCUAGUCUGGAUCGCGCACGAGUGCGAGGAUAGGCAAUACAGGCGGCAGUCGUUGCUCCUCAACACGGCUAUCGCGGCGUGCAUAUACCUUCGCCACGCGUCCAACGGUGCCGUCGUGAAAAUCCCGUCGUAUCCCGCGUCGAGUGGAAUACACGAGGUGCAAGUGUUUUGGGGGCUAACAGCGCUGUCCCUGCUGAGCUACGGCUACAGAGCGGCGUUGACAAUCGGGCGCAACAGACGGCGUUUCGCGAGCACGAUGCUGUUCUUCAUCGUCAACACGUGGGUGACGAUCUCGGCGAUGCUGCACCAGCCGUACAACGUGAUCCUGUUGCCGAUGCAGAUCGUCGCGAGCUGGACGAUAGAGACUGUGUUGCGAGAAAACGAUCUGCUCGAUCUCGGGGUUUUCGUACAUUACAUGCUGGGCAAUGUGCUCUAUUUCUAUCAGGGCAACUCCAAUAGCCUCGCGAGCGUAGACGUCGCGGCGGGAUACGUCGGUCUGCGUUCCUACGUGCCUCUCAUCACCGGUGUGUAUCUAGUCAUCAAUACUUAUUCCGCCCCCGUCCUGGCCUACUUCCUGCUGAUUUACUAUCGGCAGCUGAGUCAGGCGUACCGCACGGACGUCGUCACGCAUACGAGCAGGACUUACAUCGCGUGGAGGCUGCUGACGACAGCCGUCUACAUGAUCAUCGUCACCAGCCAGCGUCACCAUCUGUUCGUGUGGUCGGUGUUCUCGCCGAAAUUACUGUACGAGGCGGCGUACUCCGCGACGAUGUGCUGCAGCGCGCUGCUGGCGUUGCUCGUGACCGCGGUGCAGUCCGCAGUGAUUCCUAAAUACGCAUCGUACCAGACUUGAGACGACGCGACCGGAUCGCGCGAGAAACGGAUCGACGUUUGUACAUGCUUGUAAAUGAACGAAUUUAUAUUUUUCUAAAAAUUAGAUUUAAUAUUAUUAAAUGAUAUGUAUAUAGUUUAAAUAUAGUCUAUAAUAUAAUUAAAUCCGUAGAUAAUAGCGUUUCGAUCCCGAUGAAAAAAGACUGACAGAAGUAAAUUCUGAUGAUAAAAAAUGAAUUAAGUAUGAAUACGAAUUGAAAAUCGAUCAUUUUUUAAACUUUGUACAUCAUUAACUGAUGAACGCUCGGUAAAGUAAAUUUGUCACAC